ACAUGGCGGACACUGAGCUCAUGGAAGCUCUGAAGGCCUUUGCGCUUCAAGCGACAACCUCCAAAGUCGGUGUUCGAGCCAGCUUAUUGCAAAAUUUGCUGUCCUGCUCGCAUCUUUUUUCUGGCAAAACCCCACCUAGCGGGAAAAAAGAACUGCCAGACAACGUCUUAAAAGGAUUUGUGAAGAUUCUGCUAUCGACUUUGCCAUUUUACAAGGAUGGAAAAUCACAAAGACUUGUCAAUGACAUCUUUGUGUCAUUAGCAAAGUGUAAAGCUGUUAGCUUGGCCAAGUACUUGUCUCAAGCAUUAGCUGAAUUGUUUGAGCCGUACAAGAAGGCCAACCCAUGCAAACAUGCAUCUGGUAUGGCCUUGCGGGCCUUCUACUGGACCUACCUGGUGAUCAAAGAAGGGAGGAAGGCUGGGACACUGGAGUUUGGUGCAGAGUUCAAGGCGUUGGUUGAGGUACAGUCCGUCUUAUGCUAUGUGGCAUUCUCUGCCCAGAAGCCCAUUAUUGAUACAGCAAUGUAUAGAAAGAGUUCACGACUUUGGAAAGAGUUUCCUGACUCACUGGAGCACUACCUGACCAAACUGUCCUCAUCUGAGCUCGGCGUGUACAAAAUCUGUCUGAUUGGUUGUGUCAUGAAACAUCUAGGUAGAUUGAAGGACAUCGAAACCAUCAACAAGAACAAGGCCACAUUCCUUGAGAGUUACAACAAAGAUGUACUUGGUGGUAAAACUAAGCCAGCAAUACAUGUACUUGACUGUGCCAAGAAUCUGCUGCGCCAUGUGACUCAUGAGGAAUUCAAGGAAAUGAUUAUGCCAUACAUGAAGAAAAUGAUGCUGCGGAACCCAGAAAUAAUCAUUGACACCGUUAGUCAUCUCUUGUCCAGCGUUUCAAUUGAUCUCAGUCAGUAUGCUGCAGAUCUGGUCUCUCAGUUAGGCAGUCAACUACAUGUGAAAGAUGACCAGGUGCGAGACAGUGCUGUUGCCGCCUGCAAGGCAUUGGCCCUGCAAUGCAGUGAUCGAGGAGCUGUGGAGAAAAUGGCAAAACAUCUCUUUGGUGUCUUGAAUGGUUCCGAGGGCAAGCUGAGUGUGACCUCUCAUCGUCAGAGCGUGUUAUCAGCGAUUGGUAACCUGACUCGUAGCCCUGUCAGUGGAGCUUCUGUCAUUGAGAACUUGGCCGGAGAGAUUGGAGAAAUGUUCAUCCCAUUUUUGAAGCAGGAAGUGCAUGAAGCUACAUUGGCCCACGCUCUCUCCAUGUUCUCCAUGUGGUGCUCCAAAUUCUCCAGGGAGGUCCCCACAAAGAUUAUCCAGUGGUUCCCAACCGGCAUCGCUCUCAAGACAUCCACAUCGCCUGUCCGGAUAGCAUAUCUUCAGUGUAUGAAUGAAGCAUUCACUGGUGAUACAUUAAUCCAGGCCGGUGGACUUGUCAAUAUUCUCCUGCAGACACUAGAGAAGGCUAGCAGUCAACCCAGUCAGUUCAGUCUAGUCACCGAGGCUGUGUCUGCCUCUUGCUUACUUGUGAGGUUAUCUAUUGUUGAUAUACAGUUAGAGACCAAACUUGGUCCGUUCUGGGCUGUAGUCCUUGAUAUGAAGAAACAGUUGUUUUUCAAUGACAAGUACCUUCAGAUGUGCAACAGUGAUGAUUCUGCUCUGCAGGCCCUGACCACGUUGUCUGAACGUCUGGUCCUCGACCAUCCAACCAAGUUUGAUGAGAAAAACUCCAGGCCCUUAUAUAAAGUGAUCCUUCAGUGUUUGACCCAUCCCAGAUACAAGGUUCGCCAGCACGGACAGGCCACUGUCAAGAAGUUACUGGCAACCCUCGGAGGUACUAAGUUGGCUCUGUCUCUGAUUGAGGAAUUCUCUCACAUUCUUAACUCUCAAAAGCUGCCUGCGGCAAACCAACCAAACGAGGAGGGGGAUGCUUCCUCGGAACUGGUGAGGUCACCUCGAGUUCUACAUGAUGGUCUUCUAGCAGUAUGUGACUUCAAGAGUGCUGGCAUGAUUGAGGCAAGGAGUGCUGCACUGACUUCUCUGUUUGUUGCGCAUCAUCCAUAUGUCGUUGCAUAUAAUCAAGACUUGUGGGUAGAUUUGUUGGCGGGACUGAAGCUCGAUGCUGGUGCCUUCGUCAGGAACAGAACUGAAGAAAUUCUGGACCUGAUCACAAAAGAAGACGUGAUUACAGAGAGCAUAUCGAAUGCCUUGACAACGUUGACCCGCGUCGCACCUGACGCAAUUCUCCCGAGGCUUGAGAAGCACUGCUGUGACUUGUUAUCAGACUCCACACUGCAGACAAUCACAAAGGAAGAGUAUGGAAUCUUCACAACGCCCGAGGGACAUCUGUACGAUAUGACGGAAGUGGAUAAGGCUGGUGAGGAGAUGUUUGACAAGAACAUCAGGAAAGAGAGUAAGCUAUACUCCUUUGAAGAUCAGAUGGCGGCAAUAGAGGAGAAAAGGGAAAUGGAACGAAAGCGUAUCGCUGAAGGAAAAGGCCGAAUAUUGAAUAAGAAGCAACAGGAAAUAUUUGAUACUCUCAUCAAGAAGGAGAAGGAGAUCAGAAACUACGUCAAGGAGCGAGAUGAUAAGCUGAGACGUGCCUGUGCCCUCCUGUCUGCUGCUCUGAAAGGCAGCCCACUGCAGUUUGGUAAAACCAUUCGUGCCAUACUACGAGUGAUUGUGCCCCUUUUCUCCUCUCCCAUGGCUGCUCCGAGAGUCACAGAGCUAUUUGUUGUGGCAAGGAAAGCUGUCUUUGAUGAGGAAAACUGGAAUUUAGGGUCUCUGAUUGCAUAUUCCACACUCCGUCUAAUGCAACCUGAGUGUAUGGUUGAUGUGUGGUGGUGCCAGGAGCCUAUCAAGCAACAAGCCCAGAGGGCCAUCAACCUCCUACAUAAGUUUACCAUGUCACAGGACGACGGUGCUGGACUCUUCACACCCUGCUUCUCCUACUGUUUCUAUCUAUUGAAGUGUAUCCUGAAAGUGGCUAGUGGGGCAGUGGGUAGAGAUGCAGCAAUCAUGCAGAAAGCUUUGGAGAUUAUGAGCCAAUUUGCUGAACUGAGAUCCAAAGAGGGCAAGGAUUCAAAGGCAUAUGGACCAGACCUGCUCCCACGGAAAGAGAUGCUGGACUUGCUCCUUUACAUUAUUGGUACAGGUGGAGGCAAAGUUCACCAGACUGCCUGUGCGGUCUUGGCAGAAGUCGCCAACAGUGGCAGUGGGAAUGCUGGAUGUGCUGAAGCUGAGCAGGACGAGGUGGAUGCUCUGUUGAAGGCCCUGCAGGCCCCAGCAGCGUCAGUCAGGGAGGCAGCCCUUUUGGCCCUCCAAGCAAUGGUUCUAGUCUUACCAACACCUGAUGUACACCCAGAACAUGGCAUGAAAGUCUUACAGCGACUCCUAAUUGCACAGUUUGAUCAAGAGGAAAACGUUGCGAACCCUGCCAAAAAAUUAUUUGAGGACGCUGGUCUCGAGAUGCGUCACGAGUUGUGCACAAGUUUGAUAGAUGAACUGAUCCACCAAGAGGAAGUCAUUAGAAGGGCUGCAUCCCUUGCUCUUGGGAAGGUCCUGGAGGAAUUUCCUAAUAACUGUGCUCUUACACUGGCCAUCAUAUAUGAGAAAUAUGAGGAAAUGUUAUAUAUGCCACCCCCAAUAUUAGACAACUUUGGACGCGUCGUUUCUGAACAACCACCAGACAAAUGGGAGGCCCGUACAGGACUCGCCCUAGCUGUGGGAAAGAUCUCCCCACUCGUCCCAGAGGACCAGAUCAACCCUCUCUUCAGCUUCUUCGUGGACAAGGGCCUGAGAGACAGGAAUGAGGAUGUUAGGAAACACAUGCUGGCAGCUGCUGUGUUGGCAGUCGAGGAUCAUGGAAAGGAGAAUGUUAUCACAUUGUUGCCCGUCUUUGAAGAUUUCCUUGCCAAGGCUCCUGACUCUGCAAGUUACGAUUCUGUUCGUCAGAGUGUUGUCGUACUCAUGGGUUCACUUGCGAGACAUUUGGAGAAGGAUGACCCUAAAGUCAAGCCUAUCAUAGCCAAGCUGAUAACAACAUUGUCUACACCAUCACAGCAGGUACAAGAGGCAGUUGCCAACUGCCUACCACCAUUAGUACCAGCUAUCAAACAAGACGCGCCAGAACUUGUCCAGAAAUUGAUCCAUUUGCUUCUGGAGUCUGAGAAUUAUGGUGAAAGGAAAGGAGCUGCAUACGGCCUGGCUGGUCUGGUGAAAGGCCUGGGCAUCUUGGCCCUGAAACAGCUAGAUAUCAUGUCAACACUACAGGAUGCGAUACAGAAUAAGAAGAAUCCAAAAUACCGGGAAGGUGCUCUGCUAGCAUUUGAGAUGCUGUGUCUGAUGCUGGGAAGAUUGUUCGAGCCUUACGUUGUCCACAUCCUGCCUCACCUCCUGCUGUGUUUUGGAGAUAACAAUCAGUAUGUGCGAGAGGCUGCUGAUGAGACAGCGAAAGCUGUGAUGAGUAAACUUAGUGCUCAUGGUGUGAAGUUAGUGUUGCCAUCGUUGCUGUCUGCACUCGAGGAAGACUCGUGGAGGACUAAGCAAGGCAGUGUUGAGUUGCUUGGAGCCAUGGCUUUCUGUGCCCCUAAACAGCUCUCAGCCUGCCUACCUAGUAUUGUCCCUAAGCUAACAGAAGUGCUCACUGAUUCCCAUAUGAAGGUGAACAAAGCUGGUGCUCAAGCUCUGAGACAGAUCGGCUCUGUUAUCAGGAAUCCAGAAAUUCAAGAAAUUGUCCCAGAUCUUCUCGACGCUCUGCAAGAGCCCACAAAGAAGACCACCCCCUGCCUGUGCAUCCUGCUUGAAACCAAGUUUGUGCACUUCAUCGAUGCGCCUUCUCUCGCUCUCAUCAUGCCCGUGGUUCAAAGGGCGUUCCAGGAUCGGUCAACAGAGACAAGAAAGAUGGCCUCGCAGAUCAUUGGGAACAUGUACUCCCUAACCGAUCAGAAGGAUCUGUCUCCAUACUUACCGAAUGUGAUCCCGGGAUUGAAGCAGUCUCUGCUGGACCCCGUCCCAGAGGUGCGAACGGUCUCGUCCCGGGCUCUAGGUGCUAUGGUCAAGGGUAUGGGAGAGAGUAGCUUUGAAGACCUGCUGCCUUGGUUGAUGCAGACUCUCACUUCGGAGAGUAGCUCUGUGGAUAGAUCUGGUGCUGCACAGGGUUUGAGUGAGGUUGUUGGCGGUCUUGGCUUGGAGAAACUAGAGAAGCUCAUGCCGGAUAUUAUCCAGACAGCAGAGCGUUCUGACAUCGCUCCACAUGUACGAGAUGGUUACAUCAUGAUGUACAUCUACUUGCCGUCUGUCUUUGGAGAAGAUUUCAUGCCCUAUAUUGGACCCAUCCUCCCAUCCAUAUUGAAGGCAUUAGCAGAUGAAUGUGAAUACGUUCGAGAUACAGCACUAAAGGCUGGUCAGAGGAUUGUCAACUUAUAUGCAGACACUGCCAUUGCUCUUCUCUUACCUGAGUUGGAGAGGGGUCUGUUUGAUGAUAACUGGAGGAUCAGAUACAGCUCUGUGCAGCUGUUGGGUGACCUACUCUACAGGAUUUCAGGUGUAACUGGAAAGAUGAGCACAGAAGGUGCUGGUGAUGAUGACAACUUCGGCACUGAGCUCUCCCAGAAGGCUAUCUUCAAAGCCCUCGGUCCCGGCCGUAAGAACCGUGUGCUGGCUGGUCUGUAUAUGGGUCGGUCUGACACGGCAUUGAUGGUACGGCAGGCUGCCCUUCACGUCUGGAAGGUUAUUGUGGCAAACACGCCAAAGACACUGAAGGAUAUCUUAGGAACUCUGUUCACACUGUUGUUGGGAUGUUUAGCCAGCACUAGCUAUGACAAGAGACAGGUUGCUGCUCGAACACUUGGUGACAUCGUGAGGAAGCUCGGUGAGCGUGUCCUCCCCGAAAUAAUUCCCAUUUUGGAGAAAGGUCUGGAGUCAGACCAGGCUGACCAGAGGCAGGGCGUCUGUAUUGGCCUGAGUGAAAUCAUGAGCUCAACAAGUAAAGAUCAUGUAAUGGUGUAUGCUGAGAGUUUGAUUCCGACCGUCCGUAAGGCCUUGAUGGAUCCUCUGCCAGAAGUGAGGGAAGCAGCAGCAAAGACGUUCGACCAACUUCACAGCAAUAUUGGCCAAUGGGCCCUCGAUGACAUCUUACCACACUUGCUCAACCAGUUGAAUGAGGAACCAGAUCUUGCUGAACCAGCUUUAGAUGGUUUAAAACAAGUGAUGGCCGUGAAGAGCCGGGUCGUGCUACCUUACCUCGUUCCCCAGCUGACUGCGGAACCUGUCAACAGCCGUGCCUUAGCGUUCCUGUCCUCUGUUACUGGAGAAGCCCUGACCAAGCAUCUCGGCAAGAUCCUGCCUGCCCUCAUGUCAGCUUUGAGUAAGAAGUUGGGAACACCAGAUGAGUCUGAGGAGAAAGGCUACUGUGAGAGUGUGAUCCUCUCAGUCCAAGAUCCAAUCGGAGUACGGACUAUCAUGGAUGAACUCCUUGGAGCGACGCACAACUCAAACGAACUGAUGGCAACGUCUUCUGUCAUCAUAUUACACUCGUUCUGCAGCCAGACAAAAGUGGACUACUCGGAAUAUAUCCCGCAGCUUUUGAACGGAAUGAUCCUGUUGUUCACGCAUCAGGACCAGAGGCUUCUACUGGCUGGUUGGGAGUGUCUGAAUGCUGUGACAAAGAAGCUUGAUGCCACAGACAUGCUGCAGCAUAUCGCAAAUGUUCGUCAGUCGUUGAGAUUUGCUUUGAAGGAUUUCAAAGGGGAGGAAUUACCUGGGUUCUGCCUGCCAAAGAAAGGAAUCGCACCCAUUCUGCCAAUCUUUAGAGAAGGUAUCCUCAAUGGUCCAGCUGAACUGAAGGAAGCUGCUGCUGUAGGCUUGGGAGAAGUCAUCAGACGGACCAGCCCUGAUGCUCUCAAGACGUCUGUCGUCCACAUCACCGGGCCACUCAUCCGUAUCCUUGGUGAUCGAUAUGGUCACAAUGUGAAGGUGGCGGUUCUCGAAACACUGAGCAUUCUGCUCGGCAAGUGUGGCGUGAUGUUAAAGCCUUUCCUGCCUCAGCUCCAGACAACAUUCAUGAAGGCGCUGAACGACCCACAUCGACAAGUUCGCCUCCGAGCUGCAGAAGCUCUUGGCAAGCUCAUAGUCAUUCACAGUAAGGUGGAUCCCCUCUUUGGGGAGCUUCAUACAGCUGUCAAAACAACAGAUGAUCCCUCUGUCAGAGAGACCAUGUUACAAGGUCUGAGAGGCUGCCUGACUGGCUGUGGUGGUAAGAUGGGAGAAGCUGUAAAGAAACAGAUAUCAGCGACCCUCAUCUCGCUUAUAUCGUCAGGUGAAGAUGCGACCAGAACAUGUGCAUCUGGAUGCCUGGGUGCUCUUUGUGCUUUCAUUUCCUCAGAAGAAUUGGCAGCACUCAUGAUUGACCAAUUACUAGAUACAGAUCAGAGUGUCGACUGGACAUUACGACAUGGCCGUAGUGUGGCCCUGAUGGUUGCAUUGAAGGAGGCUGCUAGCCCAUUACUCUCUGUGCAGUCUGUUGAAAAAAUUGAGGCGGCUGUCAUACAGAAUAUAUCGUCAGAUAGGAUGCCUAUAACCCUGAGUGGUUUAAGGAGUAGCGGCUUUCUGAUGAAACACAUCCUGGAGAAAAAUGAGGUUCCCUCAGCAUAUCUUUUUACCACAGUUUGCAAGUCGAUGAAAAAUGAGUCGAAUGACGUCAAACAGUGCGUAUCACGAGUGAUGAACUAUGUAGCUGGCCAACACCGAGGCAUGCUACCCAAGCCAUUGAUCAAGGCCUGGGUGCCUAUGUUGGUCAACGGGUGCAAGGAGAAGAAUACAAUGGUGAAAAGUAACAGUGAAUACGCUCUUAUUAGGCUGCUGCGCAUGAAGGAAGGUGACGAAGGCCAACAGUCUGCACUUGCCGUGAUGGAGUCCGGCAUGAAGGAUGCGCUCAGUGACUUGAUUGGAAAAAGUUUGAGAAGAACCAUCGCACAGAGUGAGACAGUCAACGACCUGGACGACACGAUCUUACGAUGAUGACAACGUCAAAUCUAAUAACAGACUGCAUGUUGUUUUUGAGAAGUCAAGAAAGUGUUCUACAAGCUUGUCCUGGCAAGCUAGGAUAUUUAUGUUUUAGUUGCAAAUAAAAAGACCUGCUGUAAUUGUAAACAAAGUGUUAACUGUUCUGAAUUCCUGCUGUAAUUGAGUUAGACGAGGUGAAGCCUUAGCAUUCACUUGAAAUUGCUUAGGGAUCUCAGGCAAUCGGAGAGACAUAGAACAGCUGAUAUGUUUAAAAUGAACAUCAGUGCUUGUCACCUCGAUCUCGUUUCUUGUCUUCUGAUGAGACCUGAUACACUGGGUCUGAAUUUGUGUCUAACAUUUCCUUUAAAAUUGCAGCAGGUCAGAUAUCAUUCAUGUAAGGUAUUUCACAUUGAAAUGUUAUAGACCUUAUUACUACAGCAUAAGUAGCCAACCAUCUUGACCAAAGUUAGGUUAUUGACAGACUGGGCCUUGAACCAGACUCUUUGUCAACAAUGAAGGCUGUAACUGGCAGUUAGAAUCGGAAUUAUCAUUUGGAACCACUACAAUUUUAUUUUUUCCCUGCAGUACCUCGAUACAUUGUUGUUUUAGUGCUAUAUGUUUAAUUCCAAUUUGGGUCUAUAAACUUCUUUGCUGUUUCCAACCAGGGAUGGGCAAAUACUUUGUAGUAUUCCCUCAGAAUAACCUCAUUUCCCAAAGGGUAGGUUGGCUGCUUCUACAUGUAGUUGUUGAGAGGUCAUGUCUGAAGACAUUGGGUGACUUUAAAGUUUCGAGUUAGUGUUAGGUGUUGGUGUUGGUGUCAGUGUUAAUCUACAGCUCCGAACACCUGGUCUGGGUUAACACCGUCAUUAACACUCAGUGUUAACACUUGGAAUGGGUGUUGGUGUCAGUGUUAAUCUGAACCCCAAACACCAAGUAGUCUGGUCAAUAUACAGUUUGACCCCAAAAAAAUAGCUAAGGUUUUUCAACUGAUUCUGUUAGGUUUUGAUGUAACAUACUAAAAGUGUACCAAAAUCCCACCCCCGGAAAAGGUUCAUUUCCAAGAUGGCGUCCAAGAUGGCUGCCGAAACCUCCCAGUGGCCAUAACUCAGUUACUAUUCACUCUAUAUCAACAUCGGCAUCACCUGGUGACUGAAUUAUGUGGCAUCCUCUUUUAGUUAGUGCUGUGCUGAUGAGAGCAAUCAUCUCUGCCUUGUUUUUGUCACGGGACCAAAAAUCCUCCUUUUUGCCAGAAAACUCUGUUUCUGCAGUGAAGUUAACGAGGGUGCGUGUUUUUCCCCCGUCUUUGAUUUGUGUUGUCCUUUAUAGAGGGUCCUUCGCCAUAGCCAUCCAAGACAACUUUUGCCUGGCCGUAAUGUCUCACUGAAGUCUGCCUAAGAGUCUGCCAUCACACCAUAUGUUUGACCUUCCAUCCAUGGUACACGGUGGAGCAACGAACCACCAUCCAGCACGUAACAUUCUGUUUCACGUAGAGAGUACAGGACCGCCUCACUUGAUAAGUCUGUCACAUGAUCUCGAAUUGCCUGUGCAAGGUGCGGUUUGUCCGCUUUUCGAAGAUUGUUCCUUGUCUCAAAGAGGGCUGGAGGGAAGUGGCUUAGUUCAUAACUCAAAACCUCAUCCUGGGAAAGAUCUCCUGACUUCGACACCACAAGGAAACGUUGGAAAAGAAGAGCAGGAUCAAUUGUGCGAUCAGCAGCAUUCUUCACAGCAGAGAUAUUCCCAAGGGUUUUAGCUCUGUUCUUUCGCUUGAAUUUGAAGGCAAAUGCCGAUUUUCUGAUCAUAUCUCCUAUUAUCUUGUUCCCAACUGAUUCAAAGUCAUGAACAUUCACAUCUGGACCAGCUACUAUCCCGUUGACGAUAUUCCUCACAGUAGGAUCUGAAGUGAACGGUGAGCAGGAGCAAGCUUCAAUCGAAUUUUCUCAAGAUCAGAUGCAUCUCUUUUGAUUUGCGCUUCAGUGGAAUCUUUGUGUUGUGGACUUGUAGCAUAAGUCAGGUCUGUGAAAUCCAGCAUCGCACUGUUGUACUCUGGGAGCAGAUAAGGUCCAUAGAUUGCGCAUGUCCUUAGUCAUCCCACUGCCACGAGUGAGACCUCCAGUGCUCUUUGGAGACCUCAUCAAUCUUUGUUCAAUGACAUGAUCACUACUUAGUCCUGCCCAGAAUUGGUUGCUUCGACCAACAAUGUGGAAUCCGUCAACAAACCUUCUAUGCACAUCUUGGUACUCUAAUCAUGACAUCUUCAUGAAAAUGUAGACUUUUAGUAUGUUAUAAAGUACAUUGAAUCCUAACAGAAUCAGUUGGAAAACCUUUUGUAGCAAAUUUUUUGGUGUUGAGUGGGUAUUUCUCAUAUAUUGACCCGACUAAAAUCUGAAUUAACACCGAUGUCAACACUCUGUGUUAACACCGUGUUCUACUGGGUGUUGGUGUUGGGGAAUCCCCAUUUUCAAUUUGUAGUUUUUCACUUCACUUUAUGACUUGACAGCUCAGGGGAAGCUCCACAGUUGUCUCAAAGGCAGGGAAUAUAUGAAAAGACGAUGUGAUGUAACAUGAACCUCAUCUAUGGUUUGUCGCUUCUGCAUUUGUAAAAUGCCAGGAAGGCUAGAUUUAACCAUCCAAAUCCAUGUAGUGCUGCAUAUUCAGAAUACAUGUGCUUUCGUGGAUUAGGCAUAUAGAUCAUCUUGGUCUAAACUUUUACUAGGCUGCAUCAAGUUGCAUGGAAGGAAACCUAAUACAUGUUGCGAAGCACAAGGGUUGGUAGCUAUUCUACUCUCCCGGAAUUCUUCUGCCACCUCAUCAAUUUGGUUCUCAUUCAGCCUCAUGUGGUCCUCCACUGCCUCACUGCUUUCUGCAGCUUUCCACCUGUGGUUUGGCCGUCUUCUUUGUUGAAGUAAUCCUGCCACAACUUGUUGAAAUGGUACAAACCAUAUGGCAGCUAGCACCCCUAACUUUAAACUCCCGCCGGUGUUGACCCCUAGGGAGUUAGUGUUAGUGCUUAUAGAAAAUGCAUUGCAAAUUUAGGAAAAUAAACACCAAGUAUGGUUUAAGCUAACACUUGGUGUUCCAGUUGGUGUAAAAUUGAUACUUAUGCCCAACUUUAAACUCUGCUCACACCAACACCGAGUGUUAUCACCAACACCUCAGACAGAGUAUAAAGUUUGUGUUAAGAUGACUCUUAGUGUCAGUGUUAGUGUUAACACUGAACAACAACACCAACUUUAAACUCGGUUCACACCAACACCGAGUGUUAAAACCAACACCUCGGACAGCAUAUAAAGUUUGUGUUAAGAUUACUCUAAGAUGACUCUUAGUGUUAACACCAGUGUUAACUUGAAACUUUUAAGUCGCCCAUUAUUUGAAAAGUAUUUUGGUUGAAUGUUUUUUGGUUGGAAUGCAAAAUAAACUUAUUAUGGAA